AUGCGGCUUGUCCAUCAUGCCGCGUUUGCUGACGCCAGGCGCGCGGCACUGCAGAUUCCAACACUAGCUCCCCUCCUCGACUCCAUCGCCUUCUACACCUGCCCGCCCUCCAAUCCACAUCAUCAUCGCCCCUCUCACCACUCAGCAGCGCCAGUGAGCGGCACGGCCUUUUCCCUGCCACGCUUCUACGACUACCCUCCCUACUUCACGCUGCAGCCGGUCAAGGCGACGCGCGAGCGGCAGGUGCGGCUGUGGGCGGAGCUGAUCGUGGCGUGGUGCCGCCACCACCGCACGCUGCUCGUCUCCCUCGACCACUUCCCCCUCUUCCACAACGCUUCCAUCCAGCGCAAACUGACGUUCGAGGCUCGGCAAGUCUUUCUGGAGGCUCUUGUUGCAGAAGGGCGGGCGGAGUGGACGGAUCGCAGUCGAACGCGGUGCCUCGUUCUGUGGAAGUCCAUCAACGACUGGGCAGACACCCUGCUGCACUUCGUGCGAGAGAACGGAUUUGGAGACUCUGUUUUGACACUCGAGGAGAUACGAGCAGGGGAUGAUACGAAAGGGACAGACCUGGAGGGCAUUGACGAGGAUGUGUUGCGGAGGGCCAUCAGAGUGCUGGAGGGGAGGGGCCUCGCCACGCUCUUCAAGGGCUCCUCCUCCGACGAUGAAGGGCACGCGUUGCAGCUUACCCACGCUGCUGCCGAGUCACUUCGCAGAAACACAGGUCUCAGAAACCCUAAAGAGAGAUCCCCUCGUCGUGAGCUCGCAGUCAGCCGUGUGUGCUUUCUCCAGUCUGCAGCGAGUGGUGGAACGCCAGGAUCAGUGCUGGAAGGCAUGGCUGCUGAGCGGGUGAUGGGGGUACUUGUGGAUGCGGUCAAAGAGGCGGUGCUGGCCGCUGUGAGAGAGGAGCUGGGUGCGCACAAGGAGGGCGUGGAUGAGGUGCGGCGCAUGUUGGCUGCUGUGGGCGAGGGGAGUGAUGCGACUGCUGCUGUGGGGAAGGAGAGGGAGAGGGAGUUGGCAGCAGUGAAGGGGGUAUUGGAAGCGAUGAAAGGGGGUUUGGCAGCAGUGAAGUGGGAGGUUGCAGCAGUGAAGGGGGGCUUUGCAGCAAUGAAGGGGGAGGUUGCAUCAGUGAAGGGGGAGUUUGCAGCGGUAAAGGGGGAGUUUGCAGCGGUGAAGGGGGAGUUUGCAGCGGUGAAGGGGGAGUUUGCAGCGGUGAAGGGGGAGGUUGCAGCAGUGAAGGGGGAGUUGGUAGCAGUGAAGGUUGAGUUGGCAGAACACAAGGAGCAAUGGGCUGAAGGUAGUAGGGCGUCGUAUGUAUGGGGGAUGAGAGGGGAGAGUAGAAAGAGGAGUCACGAAAUGACAGCGGAGCUUGCAUGGGAGGAGGAGAGUAGUAGGGAGGUGCAGGAGCGACCAGAGGGCUACAUGGGAGCAUCACCGGUUUCCAAUCUGGACCUGGGGAAUCACCACGGCCUCUCAGACGCCAUGCUUGGCCAUGUGUCCACCAUGACGCACCUCACGAGCAUUGACUUGGAAGACAGCUCAGGCUUCAGUGCAGAGGGCAUCAAGCACCUCUACAGGCUGCCACGGCUGGAGAUGCUAAACCUCAACGGCACAGACAUCUCAGACAGUGCGUUGGAGGGCAUUGGGUCCUUGACCCGUCUCAAGCAGCUCUAUCUCUGGCAGACCAACGUGACCAAUGCUGCUCUGCUGCACUUCACUGCUCUCUCCUCUCUCAAAGAGUUGGACCUAUCCCAUUGCAACGGUGUAAGUGCUGCUGGCGUCGUGCACCUGGGAAGGUUGACAAGGCUUGAGAAACUUUGGCUAUACGAGACGGCAGUCACAGACACUGGUCUUCUGCACUUGACAGCUCUCUCCUCUCUCAAAGAGUUGGACCUUUCCCGUUGCAAGGGUGUGAGUGCUGUUGGCAUGGUGCAUGUGCGAAGGUUGACAGGGCUUGAGGAACUUUGGAUACAUGAGACGGCAGUCACAGACACUGGUCUGCAGCAGCUGACGGGUCUAUCCUCUCUGAAAGUGCUAAGUAUUUCCAACUGCAAGGGUGUGACAAAUGCUGGCAUGGUGCAUGUGGGGAGGCUGACAGGGCUUGAGAGGCUUAAUCUGGAUCAUUCGUCAGUCACGGAUGAUGGGCUACAACAGCUAACUUCCUUGACCAAGCUGACAUCUCUCUAUACGCCAGAAGAUGCUUUGCUUGUGAAUGAUGAUGUGCGCACACGGAUAGGCUGGUAG